UUCACUGGAAACAAUAACCAAAAUCAACCAUAAUCACCAAAGAAAGGAAGCCCAGAGGGCACAAGGAAAGUAAGCAAUGCUUCAGUGUUCUUUUUACAGUCAAUGCAACUGGAGACUGUAAAAUGAAGCCACUUGUUCUGUACACCGCUGCCCGCCCUCACCCUUAUCGUAACAAGGACAUGAAAAAUCUGAAUGUGCACUGGACCUCCAACAAGAAAGGAUACAUGACAGCUGUCACCUGCUUGGAUUGGUUCAAUAACCACUUCAUACCUGAAGGAAAGAAAUACUGCGAGAACAACAAUCUGGCUUUCAAGUUGAUGCUGCUGUUGGACAACGCACCCGGGCAUCCAACGUUUCUGAAAGGCCGUCAUCCUAACUGCGAAGUCGUGUUCCUUCCCCCUAAUACAACCUCUAUUAUACAGCCCUUGGAUCAAGAAAUUAUUGCCAAUGUCAAGCUAGAAUUCUACAGGAGAACUUGGAAGAAGCUUGAGGAAGCACUGGACACUGGCGAUGUAAGUAGAACGUGUGUACGUCUGUGUGUUUGUGUAAAAAUAAACGAUAAUGAUUAUGGUAUUAUUAUGAGAGAGAGAGAGAGAGAGAGAGAGAAUCAAUCACACAUAGGCUAGUUAAUAUUGAUGUUGCCCUUCACACACACACACACACACACACACACACACAUGAAGAAUCCCAUUACAAACCUGUCAGAUGGCAUUAUUGUUAUUAUCAAUAUUAUUUAUUUAUUUAUUUAUUUAUUUACUUAUUUAUUAUUUUUUGCAGAUCCUGCUGCAAGUGGAAAAUGAGGUUGAUGAGCCAGAUGAGCAGACAUGUUGCGCAGAAGCUCAUCCACAAACAGAGAAACAGCCGCAAGUGGAAGGUGAGAUUGGUGAUGAGCCAGAUGAACAGACAGGCGAACAUCCACAAGCAGAAAAACAGGUGCUGCUGGAAGAUGUGACUGAUGAGCCAAACGACCAGACAGAUGCUCAUCCACAUGCUGAGCUAGCAACGCCACUGACCACUGCACCACAGGUUGGAGCCCUGCAUAACUCACGAGCAAUGAAUCAGACAGGUGAGGCAAGCUCCCAUACAGUGUUGCCAGCACCAGGUAGACCCAAGGAAAUUAUGACAGCACAGAAUUUCUUUCGUAAUUUUGAUAUCAAGAAAGCUGUAGACUUAAUGGUGGAAUGCUGGAACUUUGUCAAUGCUGCUACAGUGAAACACGGUUGGAGGAGAGUUUUCCCGUGGAUCGAGGCAGAAACGAGUAGCGGUGCCCGUGAGCUCAGCACUACACAGGAGAGACAGAGUGUAGCGGCUGCUAUGGGCUCACUGCUUCAGCUGGCCAAAACAUUACCCAUCAGUGGGUAUGACAUUGUCAGUGCUGCUGGCAUAGAAAAUCUUAUUGGAGAGAGAGUCGCCGGACCUAGUGCGGAAGACAUGCUUGAAGAGGAGAACGAGGAAGAAGAAAAGAAGAGGAAAAGGAAAAUGAAGAUGAGCCAACUGUUUACCAAUUAACAGAAAUAUUUGCAAUUACAGAAAAAUUAAAGGAGGCCAUUUGCAAUUUUGAUUCAAAUUCUGACCGACGUGUGACAUGCAUCCACGCAGUUCAAAAGGGAUUAAAUGAAUACAAACAGAUGUACUAAGCACGAAUGAAAAAACGACAACAGGCCUUGAUCACAAGAUACUUCAGUAACCGUGACAAGCGAGAAGACACACCACCUGCUGUUGUUGCUGAGAAGGAUGAUGAUGGUGAUGAGCUGCUGGUCGACGAUAAUGAAGCCCCCGUGGA